AUGAUUUUUGGCGUAGCGAAUAAUGCUGUGCGAGUUCCGUUCGAUAUCAACCCCAGCGGCCGUGGGGUAGGUGGUAUCGUGACGUGGUUGUGGUUGCAGGAGGCCGGCAAUAUUUGGCGCCGAACGGAUUUAGUCGUACGCGUCAGUUCCAGAGCGGAUAAAUAUAGCGCAGUAGCCGGAGAUGCCGUGGAUCCAAGUGGCGGCGCGUCGAUAACCACUGUUUACAGAUCGGCGGCCGGCCCUGCCGCCUCCCGCUCCGUUCACACCUAUAGGUAUGUCGAAACAUCACAUGUGUUUGAUAUUGUCCGUAACAAUGAG